UACAUGGUACAAUGAAAAGCACUGAAGUGCAAACCCUCGGCGAACUGCGCACGCGCGGUACCACUAAUUGAUGGGCUGGGCUUUUAGUAUGCGUUUACUCGCGGUAUCCACGGUAGUAGCUCGCUGAGAGUCUGACACGGACUAGCUACAGUAGUAGAUAGCAUGCGGGAGUCGACACACGCCCUUCGUUGUGACUUCUUAUGCCUUCAAGAUGCACAGACCAAGCGGCCCGGUCGAGGUUAAAAUUUUAAAGUGUAUACUUUUAACCCUGCUUUGUUCUCUCUCUGUUCAGUUGGAGUAUGCAAGUCAGUCAGUCCUGGCAGCCUCGUGGUCCGUGUCAUCACACUCCCCCCACGCCAACCCCGACGUACACGUGUGCCUGUGCGGAGAGGGACGAGUUGGGCGGAGUCUCGUGAGGCAGUGGGUGGAGUUUUACACGUCCCGGGUCCUUCCGAGUCUCAGUGGGACGCUCUGUCCAGAGAAAAGCUGGCCUCUGUUUUCCUGGACUUGAACUGUCACCUGACCACUCGAAUCUUCCUGACUGGCUACAAGCUCUCACUAGCUGACAUUCUUCUCUACUACGGUCUCCACAGAUACAUGAAGGCGCUGUAUGUUCAUGUCUGCUGCUGGUUUGAUCAGGUACAUCAUUUCCCAGAGCUGAGGCCAUUCUCUCUACCAGAGGUGGUGUUUCACAAGACUCCAGACAUGCUCCGGAGACAACCAGCAACUAACCACCAGACGAGCAUCACGGCAAAAUACAUCAUCAGCACCCCGCAGGCUCUCAACAUGGUCAAGUACUGGAAGGGACAGCACAUCAUUUGUGUCACUGGCAAAAUCAUAGAGGAGCACAUGAGGAGUGCGGAGUACCGGAAGCCUCAGCUGACAGUGGACAGGGAGUACUUGAGGUGGAACCCUCACACCAAGAGACACAGAACAAACACUCACAAGAAACACUGACUCUCAUAAUAUUCAUCUCUCACCUUCUGUCAUUAUCAUACAUGUUGCCAGUCAACUAAAAGUGGUUCAUGAAGGGGGUUAUAUACAAUACUGGCUUAUAGUCUCUGGUGUCAGAAUUCAAGCAGCUGCAGAGCAACUCCCAGAUACACCAGGAUCAAUUUUUUCCCACGCAGGGGAACUACGCACAAAAUUGCACAUGUAGCUCAUAUUUAUUGAACAUAGUAUAUAUACUGGCUGUCUUACAACACAGAUUACACAAUAUGACAGUGGAUGAGAAACAGACGAAAAUUAAAGUCUUAU